GAUUGGAGUGCUAGAUCGCACCUAACAUUGGGGUCAUCAAUCUCCAGUAUCAUACGUACUGUCAACCGUCAACCGUCAGUUGUUGCCCCCUCCUACACAGGGAUACUGAACUCAAGAUGGCCAUCUCCUACGAGACCCCGGCCUUCACCGUCCCCGUCGUGGAUAUCUCCCCAUACCUUAGCAAUCCACAGUCUGUCGUAGCCGAACAAGUGGUUGAUCAGAUUCGAGCUGCUUGUGUGACUAGCGGGUUUUUCCAAAUCACAGGUCAUGGCAUCUCAAAAGCUUUGCAAGACCAGAUAUUUUCCGCCGCAAAGGCAUUAUUUGCUCUUCCAGAGGACGUCAAGCGCAAGCUGGCCGGCAAGCCAGGCAGAGGGUAUGAGAUCAUUGGUUCGCAGAUACUUGAGGCGGGCAAAAAGCCAGACCUCAAAGAGGGAUUCAUGAUCGGUCGAGAGAUUCCUGACAACAAACCACCCUUCCGACCAUUUCAAGAUCCCAACAUAUGGCCUGAUUCGACUCAGAUACCGGAGCCGCAGUUCAAGCAACCAUUGCUGGAAUAUCAUCAAGCCCUAUCAGACUUGUCCGUCCAGCUGAUGCACAUUUUGGCCCGAGGCUUGAAGGGAUUCGACACCAGUGUCUUCGACGAGUAUUGCAAAGACCCGAUUGCCAACGUCAGACUCUUGCACUAUCCCCCGCAUCCGCAAACAGACGACAAGGAACUGGUUGGUGCAGGUGCACACACGGAUUUCGGGGCAAUCACACUUCUGCUGCAGGACGGCCACUCGGGGUUGCAAGUACUUAAUCAGCACACAAGACAGUUCGUUGACGUGCCACCCCGAGAGCAUGCUUAUGUGGUCAAUGUUGGUGAUAUGCUGGAGACUUGGACCAGCGGACAGUAUAAGUCCAACAUACAUCGAGUUAUCAACACGAGCGGCACGGAUCGGUACAGCAUACCCUUCUUCUAUGACGGGGCGUCAGACUGCGUAAUCAAACCGCUGGACGGGUCCAAAGGGAAGGCAUUCACAGUGGAAGAGCAUAUGCUUUCGAGGUAUAAAGCCACUUAUGGUUGACGAACUUGAUUAUCUGACUCUAUUUCUCCG